AUGCCGCCACUGAUAUUGGUCUGCGGCUGGACAAAUGCCGAUGCAGCGCAAGUGGACGCAUACUUGGAGAUGUACAAAAAACUCGGGUAUCAUGCGUUGAUGCUCCCAUCCCAUGGUAUCGACUUCUUCCUCCCAGAACGUUGGGUGCACGGGGCCGCGGUCGAUCAGGUCCGACGGCUUGCAGCGGGCCAAGCUGCCUCACUCGGCCUCAUCCCACAUGUUAUGUCCAAUGGAGGGUGCCGAUCAUGGUAUUGCUUUGAGAAUCAACUUCUCCAGGCGCGUGUCCCGUUUCAUGUAGUGUCGAUGGUGUUUGACUCGUGCCCGUCGAUCCCAGGCGCACUCUCGGACGAUCCGAUCACAACCCAAGUGCGACAGACUCCAUUCCUGCGGCACUUGGUGGCACAGCGGUUUGUGUGGAGGUGGAUCCUCGUGUUCCUCCACUUGUUGUUAUGGUUGACCGGCCGAAAGCAUCCGUUCACAUUGCAUUACCUUCGUUACCUUAUUCGCGACGCGGCCACCCCCAAGCUGUUCCUGUACUCCAGUGCCGACGAACUUGUGAGUACGUCCGACAUUCAGGGAGCGAUUCAGACGGCUCAAUCCAUGGGAUCUUCCAUCACGUGCGUGGACUUUGAGGCGUCCAAGCACGUCUCCCACCUCAACUCCAACCCAGCGCUGUAUGCGUCGUCCAUCCAAGCGUUCGUGACAACACACGCUCCUCGUUAA